UUCCCACGCCACCGUUCUUCCCUUCCCUAUAUAAACCCACUUUCCCCCAAUUCUCAAAAUUCAUUCCAAUUCCAAAUUGAUUCCUAAACCCUAAUUCGAAAACUCUCUCUCCAACCAUUCAUCCAUGGCCUCCGACUCUGAAUCUCAACAACAACUUCUCCAAUCUCAACCACAAAUGGUUGAAGAUCAGAAACAAAAAGAGCUCAAGUACCUGGAAUUCGUGCAAUUCGCCACAAUCCAAGCCCUGAUGCGAUUCGCCAUCCUCUACUCCAACGCCAAGGAACGCGCCGGACCACUCAAGCCCGGCGUCGACACCGUCGAGGAAGCCGUCAAGACGGUGGUUGGCCCCGUCUACGACAAAUUCCACCAGGUCCCCGCCGAGUUUCUCCGCUACGUCGAUCGCAAGGUUGACGAGUCCGUCUCUGAGAUCGACCGCCAUGUUCCAUCCAACGUCAAGAGCGUGUCCUCCCAGGCGCGAUCUGUCGUCUCUGAGGUCCGCCGUGCCGGCGUGGUUGAAUCUGCUUCCGGUCUCGCUAGGACUGUUUACUCCAAGUAUGAGCCUAAGGCGGAGCAGUGCGCCGUGUCGGCGUGGAGGAGGUUGAACCAGCUGCCGCUUUUCCCUCAGGUGGCUGGCGCUGUGUUGCCUAAGGCUGCUUACUGCUCGGAGAAGUACAACGAGGCGGUUGUUUCCACCGCCCAGAAGGGUUACAGAGUUUCGGCUUAUCUUCCCUUGGUGCCUACUGACAAGAUAGCCAAGGUGUUCAGUGCAACUGCAAACUAAUCAUUUUCAAUUGUUCUUAGUUUUGAACAAUUGUUAUGUCUUUACUUUGUUUUCUAUGCAUGAAGAAAAAAAAAAUUGUAUUGUCAAUUACUCCCUAUAGUAUGCAUAUCAUAUCAUGUCUCCUUGGACUAUGAUUUUGGUCAGUUUAUAAUAGCAUCAUGUAAUUUUGGUCAAUGGAAGGUUAUGUAAUGAGGGGGAAUGGAAUGGAAUCAUAUUAUGAUACUA